AUGGGACCUUUCGAUAAUGGAUGGAAGGAUUACCUGUCCUGCAACGAGAAAAUUCAUACAGAAAUAGCCAAUUGCAAAGCUGAAGAGACAGAAAGUUGCAAGAAGCAGAUAGCGCUCUUGGAACAGAGGCUUCACGCCCACUACACCAAAGAAAUCGAGAAAAAAUGCAAUAAUCAAUUUUCGCAUCCUCUAUAUGGGAGCGACUAUAAGGAAUGGUUUAGAAAAGAAAAGGCUUCUUUGGAGGAGCGACUUCAAGCACAGUGUGCAACUGCACAACUGAACGCAGCAGCAAAAUGCAAGAGCGACCAAGAUACAAUGCGUGAAGAACACCGGAAAGCCCAGAACCAACUCGAGCAGGAGAAAGAGAUAUUGAAGAAGCAAAAUUUCGAACAUGCACAAAAGGCAAAGAACGACCAAGCGGCCAAGGAAAAGCUCGAGCGGGAGAAGGAAGAGCUUGCGCAGGAGAACAAGAAGCUAAAGAAACAAGACGAUGAGCGCGUCCAAAAGGCGAAAGACGACCAAGCGGCCAAGGAAAAGCUCGAGCGAGAGAACGAAAAAUUGAAGGCAGAAUCCAGACCAGAGCCAAAACCCCAGAAAAUUGGUCCGCAGAACAACUCGACGUCUGAAUUUGAAGCAUUCUCAAAGCAAAAGUGCCCAUCACUCCACGGUCAGCGAGCGACAGCGUUUGGUGUGACUUACGAAGCCUUUUGUGGCGCUAGACCUCGUGGUCGUUACACGGACGACUACGUUGAAUCGAAGAAUUUCGGGGACUGUAUGGGAGCCUGUACAGUUGAUCGAAGCUGCCAGGGAGUCUACUAUGAGACUCACCUCAGCCGGUGUCGUAUGACGAUGGAUUGGGAAUAUCCUCCACUUGGGUGGGCGGAUAGUACAGAAUUCAGUUUCGUUCCGGUUUCUCCACGCGAGGGAGGCAUCGGUGCCACAACACCCGACCUUCCUAGUCGUUUGAUCAAAGAUGACUACAUGGAUAACGCCAGUUGUCCGGAUUCAGACGGCAGCAUUGUCUCCGUUGGGUCACUUCAAUUUCGGGUCCACUGCCGGAAAUACCAGCCCAAAAAGCAUCUUGAAAGCGUGGGUUCGUCGCGUAGGGUUAGCGGGAUGCUGGCUAUCUGUGCUCUUAACCCAGCUUGUCAAGGUGUCGCUUAUUCGGCCAGUAGUGUCUACAUGAUUGCAGAGCAUGAGAAACUGGAAGAAAAGACAAGAAAUUCGGAUCUGGUCAAGGCUUACCAUUGGGUUAUUAUGCUGACCGAGCCGCGAGUGGCAGCGUAA